AUGGCACACUUAUAUUUAAGUUUACGCGCUGUCAAUCACCGAUUGACCACUCUACCGGUCCAAAAACUGCCUGCUAUCGCGGCUUCGCUCGCAGCCUCUAUAACAGAAUGUGGAGAGUUGCUCUCGGCGCCUCAGUCCCAGAAGGCUGGCAAGUCAGACUCAGAUCAUUCGGUUCAGGUACACAAGCUGGUAACCAGGAUUUCGAGUCUUCUGCAGGAUAGAUCGUUUGAGGGCCGGUGGGCUGCUGUCGUGCUCGUCAAGGCCUUAGUGGAAGCUGGACAAUGGGAAAUUAUUCGUGGAAGUGAGCCGUUUGUUCGCGGGCUUAUGAGCAUUUUGAGUAAAUCUGACCCUGCCUCUACUAAGACCAUGGCCGUCAUCACCUUGACGCGGAUCUUCCAUCUUACGUACCAAUAUCCUACCCUUGUUCGCGAAAUAACGACGCCAUCGCUUCCCGGAUUCAUUACAACUACCUUAAACCUCAUCUCUGUCAAGCCGACAUCUGAGCCUACCCGAAGCUUGAAACCCAAUACCCCAUUCUUGGAGGUUGUUCUUCGCUCCUAUGCGGAACUCAUUGCCCGGCACCCUACCAUCUUCCGCCCGUUCACUGCACAGAUCCACAGUCUGCUUCAAACCAUAGUUGGCUCAACCUCAGCAUUAUAUUCCCGGUCAGUGGUAGAUGUCGCGGAGCAACUCUUUAUUGCUCUUCACCAUUGUGCCCCGAAGAAUACUGGAGGGGAAGAGUGGAAGAGUGCUUGCCGCAUGACAAUCAAUUCAAUACAUGCUACUGGGAAUCAUGUGUUGAGGGCAAUUGUGGAACAGUGGGAAUCUGUGGAUCCGGCAUUACGACAGCAAUUAAGCCAUCCCAUUGACUAUGCACUCGAGGUGGGAAGUCACAAAACUGACGCACUAGGACUUACCGGCUGGCAAGGGCUGGAUGCGGGGGUCGAAAGACUUCUUGCCCUAUUGAGGAUGCUUUCCACUUUCCUAGCCACUGCCACCGCUUCUACCGUAUCGAUUCCAGUGGGUUCUAUACUCGAUUUGACUGCGCGCUUCAUGUCUGUGGUCGUCCCAUCAGACGCAGGUGAUGUACAAGCCAACCGUCAAGUCAGUCGGACGGAAAGGGAAGCUCUUUUAGCGGAACUUCCUCGUAUACACGUUGCUUGUAUCAGGAUUCUUCGUGCCUUGGUCGGCACGCUGGAAACCGCCGGUCUUUCCGUCGCUCAGACGGUCUUGGAACAAACUCUUUGGGUCUUCCGCGCGGAAAAAUUCAACAAGAAGAUCAGGACUUCGGUAUACGAUAUUCUUGGUGCAUUGAUCAAACAUGUUGGCCCGUCUAUGAACAAGAAGAACGUGGCCUCUUUGACUGACAUGAUUCGAACCUGUUGCUUUGACAUUCUGCCUCAAGUCGGAGAAUAUGGCACAAAAGACACCUCACCAGCUGCAAAUGGAAAGUCUAAGGCGAACUCAGCUGCUGUCAAUGCAGACUUCUUCUUGAACCCCAGCCUCAAGCAAGGUCGCGGAACGAACGCGACGACUAGACCACCAAGGCUCGUUCGAACCGCCUCCAAGCUCCUUCAAAUUGUUCUCAGCCACAUCGCACUGGAAUUCCUCGCGCCCCCAAUCCGCGCAGAGAUCGACCGCACCAUCAUAAUGACCUCCGACAAGGACGCCAUGUACGCCAGCGUUCUCAACCCCCACCCAGCCGUGAAAGGACGCGGAGCAACUAUUAGCAUCAUUCCUUUCCUAGCCAGGAGCUACGCAUCUGACAUGAACAUGGAAGCACUCAUUCGACCCCGGCUGCCUGUUUUGGCGCCUUCAAGUUAUACCGGCCACUACGUCAAUAUUGAGGAAGACGAUGACGAAGAAAUGGAACAUGUUGCCAUGCCGGAGCCCAUCCAAGCAGAAGACCCCGCCGUUUUCCUGAAACCAGCCGCCACCCCUAAUCUCCGAGACCUCGUGGACUCUAAUGCGCCGCAGAGCUUCACUGCAUCGGUAAAUAAGCGCACUUACACUGAGGAAACGUCCCAGAAUUCCACACCUUCCGCCAGUUUCCCGGUAAUGGUAGACAACCUUCAACCCAAGAAGGCAAGGUUUGACAGCAGUGUAUCAACGCCGCCAGCUACAACCCUAUCUCAACCGUCUUCUUUCACAGGAACCCUUACCCCUGCAGCUGCACCAUUAUCCUCAGUUCAACCUGCCACAACCCUGGCAGGUACAACCAUGGAAACGUCAACAGUCGGCGAUAGCGUCACUACUAGCACAACUUCCGUCAUGGUGGAGCAGUCAACUACAGUUCCUAGAGUCGAAGCGGUAGCACUGCCGGAGGAGGCAGAUAGUGACGAAGAGAUGCCAACUUUGAACAUCGAGCCGGAUACAGACGAAGAGGAUGAGGAGUAAUUAAAGAGACCAAGACGCUAAAUUUGAUUCAAGAUAUACACAGACCAACAUAGUCUGGAGUGGACACCAUAUAAAAGCGCAUUAGUGAUCUGAAUGGUAAUUGCGAGAAUAUAUAUCUUGGUUGCCAGCUUGCAUCUUGAAUUCGGUUAUUACCAGAAGCCAACUUAUA